AUGGCUGCGUUUCUUAUCCAAACCGCUGGAGCUGGGAGAUAAAAAAAAAAAAAAGAAGCUGUCUAGCUGACCCCAUCUCGCCUCUUCCUGUCGCUUGCAUCGAAACAAACCGAUGCGGUGAUCGUAUGUUGGCGAACCGAUGUCCUGUGGUGCGAAAAUAUUCGGGAAAAUGGAUCGACUCACGCUUUGAGGGAUGAAAGAUCAUUUUGCUCCUUAACCCUUUCUGCUCCGAGAUCUGCGAACAAUCGAGAAGAUGAUGCGCCAGGUGACAACCAGCGACUUCUGCAUGAACAGCAGGCCGUCAUGCUUAGCAGAGGACAGCCACCACCCCAGUGCUCACUUUGACCUCUGCACCUCACAGGCCAGCAAGUUCUAUCCUCCUCCCCCUCCAUCGUCUCUCCAGAUGACACUGGCUCCCAUGGCCUUACCCACCCAGAGCCACAAGAGCAUGGUGUGCCAGAGACAGGAAGUUCUUGGGGGUGACCCCCGCUCACCUGGAAAGUUACCAGGCUUAAAAAGCACCAAUCAAGCAACGGAUGAUACCAAGAAGAAGAACAAGUCUGCCGGGAAGACGGGCAGACGUGGGAGGCCUUUGGGAACCACCAAGCUUGCUGGAUAUAGAACCAGCACGGGGCGACCCCUCGGCACCACCAGGGCUGCCGGGUUCAAAACGAGUCCGGGAAGGCCGCUUGGUACGACCAGAGCAGCGGGAUAUAAGGUUAGCCCCGGGAGGCCUCCUGGCAGCAUCAAAGGCCUCUCUCGCCUCAACAAACUGGUUCACAGUAGCACUUGCAGCGGAGCAGCUUUCCCCUAUCCACUACCACACAAAGAAAUCCUCUGUGAACCUUCCUGCAAAGAGAAGACCGCUAAUGAGCAGUGUAUGUACGAAAUGCUGAAAGUAAAACAAACAAGACCAUCUGAUGAGGUCGUCUCCCACUGCUGGCCUCUAGGUUUUAUUCAGUGGGAAAUCUGCAGACAGAGGGCGCUGUUCCUCCAGAGGAAAGAGGGACUAACAGCUACAGCUGACUGAUGUUUAUCCCACCCACCAUCACAGGUGUGAGACUCACUGCAAAUCAGUGUUUUGUUUUUUUUUUAAUAGUUAAUGAGAUGUGAAAUAACUGAUUGGCUAUCUAACUUCUUGGCACUGUAUCUUUUAAAUCACAUGGCAAAUAAUUUUUAGCACAACAAUCUUUAAAACUGUCCCAGUUGAAAACAUGUUCAUAUAUGGGUGAAUUUCAAUCCAGAGAGUGGAGAAACAGUACAGUUUCACUAAGUUGCUGUCUUAUGAGAAAAUUUAAAAUGGUUAAAUUUUGGUGCAAUAAUCUGUUGUAUGUAUUGUACUGUGGAAACUUUGAUACUAUCACUUUUUAUCAUUGUUGUAUUUUUAAACUUGUGUAUAAGGCCUUUUAUCAUUUGUUUUGUCGAUGUGCGUAGUGUUAUCAGAGGUAAACAUGCUCUUCACCCUCCUUUACCAAAGAUUAUGAUCUUAUCUGACUUGAUUUGAAAACACUCCCAACACCUCACAAAACAGCCCGAGCAUUAAUGUUACAGUGGAAAGUGUACAUGGAAAGAAAAGAGGCGCUAACCCAUAAAAGACGACAGUCUGGAUCCAUAGUUACACUUCUGCGUCUGGGAGAGUCGGUGUUUCAUGAGCACACUGUAAAUUAGUACACAUUGAUAAUGAAAACAUGCAUUUAAUUGUUUUCUAUUUAUAUGUUAAACUGCUUUGAAAUUAGACUUCUUUUUAUACAUAAUUCUUAUAUAGCCACGUUUGAUAUUUACCUGAUAUUUUCCAUUGAGGUUAUGGUGGAAAUGGUGCCUGGUUUUCUCACUAUCUGGCAUUUUUUUUUUUUACACAGUGUCUGUACUGGAGUGUUAAUGAAAUUGGGAUCACUUGUUUUUAACCAUAAUAGGAUCAAAAUAACUGCAUGAAGUGCUUUCUCACAGCACACAUUUUGAUAUAUGACACAGCAGGAAAAGCAUAAAUACGAAAAAUGCAAAAACAAUGGCUAUUAUGAAGUUGGUUCACAGUGGCUUAACGGGACAUGUUGAAAACAUGCUCAGGCUACUUGGAAUGUGUGACUUUGUACAAACCAAUGUGACAGUGUCUGCUGUGGAAAAACUGCCUUUUAUUUCUCCUGCUCAAUCUUCUGGGUUCUGUUCUUAUAGCAUCUGCAACUUACUGAAACGCUGAACCAUGUUUCUUCACAUUCUUGGAUGAUUGUGUAUUUUGUCUUGUGCAAAAAAAAAAAAAAAAAAAGAAAAAAAAAAGGUUUUGUCAACUUUCAGCAGUUCCAAUGAGGCUUUACAUCAUGUUAGUUUACUAGGAGCUCCUAAGAAGCUAGAUAGCCAUACAUAGACAUUGGGCUUGUGGAGCAUUGUGUUUGUUUAAGGCAAACAAAACUAUUUCACAGUUAAAUAUCCUGAUAACAUGUAAAACCCUUAUCAGGCAUAUUCAGAUUUUUGUUGAAAGAACAUAGCCUGCCCUCGUAUUUUGUUUUGUUGAGCAAUUCAGGGGAAAACUGCAGUUUAGUCUGAUUAUCUGGUUUAAAUUUGAAUAAUUAUGUCACUACAAAUGUAAUAAUUUAGGCUUAUGUUGUCUGGCUCUCUUUGACACGUUAUUGAAUGAUCACAAAAAAUGCAAAAUGUUAUUGGAGUUGUAAAAACUUACAUUAGUAAUACCUACAUAUAUGGACAAAGGCUUGGGGCCACCUGCAUAUCACACCUACAGGAGCUGGUCUAGUGUGCCACAAAGCUCCUGGUGCACAGUUUUUGUGCUGAUGUUUAUGCAGCAAGAGGUUUGGAGCGCUGCAGUCACUGAGUGAGCAGAGCAUUGGCGACUUUUGCACACCGUGUACUGCAGCACUCUGCAACCCUGCUCUGUAACUUUACAUGGUCGCUGUGGUUCCUAAACACGUCCACUUUGCAAUAACACCACUUACGGUUGAUUGUGGAAUAUCUAGGAGGGAAGACACACAUUGACUUCUUGUAACAGAACCACAGUACCGUGUUUGAACUCUGUGAGGUCUUCAGAAUGACUCGUUCUUUCACAAAUGUUUGGAAAGCCAGACUGCAUACUAGGUGUGUGAUUUUAUACAUCUGUGGCAAUGGGACUGAAAAUGCCCGAAUUCAAAUACUAAAAGUUGUGGUCCAAUAAUUUUGUCCAUAUAGUGUAUGUAUUUAGCCUGGAACCGAAACAAAACCCCCAAGGACAUGUUUCAGCUCUUUAAAGAAAGAUGGAAGCUUAUUCUGUUACACGUGUUAAUAGAACAGAAGGUAAUUAUAACAGCCAUGAUCCCAGUUGUCUCAAGCUUUGAUAUACUUAAAUGCAGACAUAUGUUGAGGCUGGGAUUAGAGAUGUUUAUGGUUAACUGUCAAGUAUUUGACAUGUUUGAAGUUAAAGUAGGAAUUUAGGUGAGACAACACUUUCCGCACUUUUAAAGAUUUGCUCUGAAUGCUAAAAAUUAAAGGCAAUGAAAUGAUAAAGGUCCAGUGAUCUCAGAGCACCACCUGAAUUUCUUUGUGCAUCUGUUUCACUGUCACUUUCAUUUCUUGUGUACAACUGGUAUAAGGACAAGGUGUUGGAACAUUUAUUUUAAUAAUUUCUGAUGUCAUUUUUUCUUUUAUUUUUAAGGAGGACAAAAGAUAAGGGAUAAGGGAUUGAUGGUGAAUUUAUCAACAUUCCUGGCAUUUUUAACUUUAAUAUUUCAAAUUAGAUCAAUGCUGACACAGUGCACAGUUAUGUAUAGUUAAUUGCUUACUUCAUUACCCUAUACUGAGUGUUUUUGUUUCUCUCACCAUCUUCAGCAUUGAGUCAACACAGUCUUUUGUCUGUAGAAAAUUAUUUUAAAAAAUUACCUCACAUUUUGAGUGUUUUUGAGACUAUCUGAAGUCCAGUUAUUCCUGAGGUGCGAUUGGAGAAGCCUGUAAAGCUUUGUAUAAUUCCCAUUUUAUUCCUGCAUGAUUGUUGUGGAAUGUUUAAACAAGUUGUGUAAUAAAUCUGAAAGUAACACUGUU